AUGGCUUUAAAUUCAACAUUAAAACCUAUUUCAUAUAAAACGUUUACUGUUUUACUGCUGUGCACAGUUUUCCAGCCCAUAGUUUGUCCAAACAUAGAUCACUUAAUAUCUCAAAUAUUUAUAACAGAUAACAAUGCAACAUUCAAUCCAAAUUUUGUUAAUGGAACAAUUCAGCAAGAAGGACUAUUAAAAAAAACUGUUCCGGCACAUCAUUCCAAAAGCCAAGAAGAUGGAAUAAUAAUGGAUUCAUCAAAUAACGGUGUACCUACCUGUGAUGAUGAUUUGCACGCUGGUAAGCCAUUUUGUACAGAAGUGCAUAAUUAUCCUGAUUUGAGAAAUUUCGAAUCGAAAUUAUUGGAUGAAUUUUCCAAACUUCAAUUUUUCUUUUCGGAUGAGCUGAUGCAACCAGAAAAUGUAGAACAACGCAUAAACAUCGGACCAGAUGAGAGUUUCCUGUGUGAUAGUGAAGAGAAAAUCAUUUUUCCGAAAGCACAACUUUCAAAGAAUAACGAACUAUUGUUCAUAGUAAAUGAUGAUGAUAAAUUUAAGCAAGGUCUACGCGUAGAACUGUGUUCAAAUGAAGAGAACAGAUGCAAGUAUGCAGAUUUAUUGCCAAAUGGUGUGGAUGCGACCUGUAAACAAAAUCAUAUCUAUCGUACAUUGAUAGCCAUUACUCCAAAUGGCACUGUCGUUACAGAUCAAUUUAAAGUGCCUUCUUGUUGUAAGUGUAUUUUAAAAACUGUUCAUUAA